UCGUAAUUACGACUCUCCAGCAUUGCACUGAAAGCAGCAUCACUAUCCCUGCUGUUCAUGCGUGUGCCUGAACGUGCCAGGCUAGGAAAGAUGGCGGCCUCUGCGUUACGCCGAGGCUUGUUGAGCACUGUCAGUAAAUACAACAAGAAACACACACACAGAAUACUGAGUGUCGCAGACACCAGUAGCGGGUUCGAGGCGUUCAGACCACGGUUACAAUGCCGAGCCUGCGGUCUGCCCGGCGGUGUUCAACAGAGAAGGUUCAUGUCGUCACGGAACAGGCCUGAAGGGAAGAUUUUGGAGACGGUGGGAGUGUUUGAGGCCGUGAAGCAGCACGGAAAAUAUGAAACGGGACAACUCUUCCUCCACAGCGUGUUUGGCUACAGAGGCAUCGUCUUGUUUCCCUGGCACGCCCGGCUCUAUGACAGAGACAUCACCCCUCCCAUGUCUGACAGCAAACCUGAGCCCCCGGGAGCCCACGGGUCCAAGGAGGUGAAGGGCAAGACUCACACCUACUACCAAGUCUUGAUUGACACCAGGGACUGCCCUCACAUAUCUCAGAGGUCUCAGACAGAGGCCGUGACGUUUCUGGCCAACCAUGACGACAGCAGAGCCCUGUACGCCAUCCCAGGUCUGGACUACGUGAGCCAUGAAGACAUCCUGCCCUAUAACUCCACAGAGCAGGUCCCCAUCCAGCACGAGCUGUUUGAGCGCUUCCUCAUGUACAACCCUGCCAAAUCUCCUCCGUUCACAGCCAGAGACACUCUGAAGGCGUGGCAGGAGAAAAACCACCCCUGGCUGGAGCUCUCAGACGUCCACAGGGAGACCACCGAGAACAUCCGAGUCACCGUCAUCCCCUUCUACAUGGGCAUGAGGGAGGCCCAGAACUCCCAUGUUUACUGGUGGCGAUAUUGUAUCCGUCUGGAGAACAUGGGCAACGAGGUGGUUCAGCUGAGAGAGAGACACUGGAGGAUCUUCAGCCUGUCAGGAACCCUGGAGACGGUCAGAGGUCGAGGCGUCGUAGGCAGGGAGCCGGUGUUGUCUAAAGAGCAGCCAGCCUUUCAGUACAGCAGCCACGUGUCUCUACAAGCCCCCAGUGGUCACAUGUGGGGGACGUUUCGUAUCGAAAGGACUGACGGCUCCCACUUCGAUGUUCGCAUUCCUCCUUUCUCCCUGGAGAGCAACAAGGACGACAAAGCCCCCCCCGCUGGCUACACGUUCUAACUGCGAUUAGUCACCUGCCACCUGGGGACGUGCCUGGGUUGUCUAGAAUUGUCCUUCCUCUGUAACAUUGCCUCAGCCCUCAGCAUAAGACUAGCGCGAGUCAGGUUAAUGCGAAGGGAAAACACAGUGUUUUUCUAGAUCAUCCGCACGCAGGCCCACCUCGCCCCCUUUUUUCUUUCCGUCAGUGCACCCAAACAGCAGUAUGUCAUUAAAUCAUAUAGUGUAUAAAGUCGAUGCGCCUUCACUCCUGUGUCGUGUUUGAAGAGACAUGCACAGUCCUAGUGGAAGACACCUGGGAGGCAGGGAGGGGAGUUAAUGUUGCCGAGCGGAGCCGGACACGCUCUGCACGGAGUAGCUGAUCCGUAGAGUAGGUUGGCUUUACAGCGGGAGAAAUCCCCGCUGAGCUUUGGGGUCAUGGAACGAGCAGCGCCUCCAGCUGAGCUUACUUCAAAUCAACCAGAGAGCCACCAUCACUCAAACCACACGUCGACACGCCUCCCUCCAUAACGACCUUCUCGUUGGGAUUGAUCAAAACAUCACACGUGACAAAAACGAUCCUACCACUCAUUAGUGAAGUCGGACCUCUGUGGAGCGUCUGAUUGAACUCUGGGCCGGUGACAGUGCGGAAGUAUUUAUGUCUUACAGCACUGAACCACAGUGUUUGACACUGAUCAACAGGAAAAGACUCUUAAAUAUCAAAGUGAAUUCAGAUCUCUUUAAAUGACCAGAAGUGAUAAAUAUAAUAUAACAGUAAUUUCAGCAGUAAGAACCUGGAGCCUGUGUGGCGAGGUCUCUCUGUGAGCCUCGUGCACCUGAACGCUGCAGAUUUUUCCCCCCGAUUCAUGAGCGUAAAACUCCUUCCUCUCUGUCAGGACGCAUCACAUUUAUCCACGUCACAGCGUUAGUGUUGUUGCUGCCACCACCAGGCUUUAUGCUGCGUUCAUAGCAGAGAUGUUGUCUGCGACGUGUUUGCGACUUGUGAACGUUCACAUCGAAGGACAACUCAAGAUGGUUGUAUGAUGACAAGAGUUGGUUUGUGAGGGUUAAAAGUACUGCAUGUUAAUGAUAUAACACUAUGUUUAAUUUAAGUUAUAAGUUUAAUUACACUGAACGUUGGACAGUAGCCAUGUUUGUUUAUUUUUCAGGUACUUGCGUAUCUUUAAACCCUGCGUGGAUCUUUCGUUAAAAACUUUCUGUCGUUAUUAUGACUUGGACAUUAAGUCGGAAACCUGGAGUUACAUUCACUCCAUCGUGAUGUGAGCGCAGUUUUAUAGUGGGAAUGGUUGAUUGAUGCUGGGGCCUUUUGUCUUAACAUAAAACAUAUCCUUUAAUUUGCAAAGUGUAAAGUUUUUAAUAAACCUGUCACAGAUUUGUUUGAA